AUGGCGCGAAUGAGCAAGGCAGAUGGAAUGCAGCUCUCCGAUGAAGAGCUCGCCAAGUAUAUUGGCACGGAGUCGCAGAGAAUGUCCAAGGCAGCUUAUCGCAAGCGGGCCCACGAUCAAGUCUACCAUGGCAAGCCUGCAGAAGUUGGAAAACAGCAAAGGAAUCAGAACUUCUCCGCCGUGGUGCCCGUGGAAGAACCUCCGCUGCCAGCUUCAGGUGCUUACGUUGCUCCACCGGCUCCCUCAGCCACGGUUCUCUUUGGUGGUGAGAAUUUCGCCGUGCUCGAGACAGUUGGCUUGAUCAGAGUGCCCGUGCGGCGAACCGGAAACUUGUCGCUCUCCGUGUCCGUGGACUAUUCAUGCAGAGAUGGCCUCGCGAGAAAAGGUGAAGACUACGAGGCAGCUGAAGGCACAUUGACCUUCCUGCCACAGGAGGCCGAGAAGACGAUCGACAUCAAGAUCUGGAAAGAUGAUAUUCCAGAGGACAGCGAAGACUUUUUCGUGGAUCUCGCAAACGUGAGAUGUUCUUCGAAGGAUGGCUUUGCAGUCCUCGGGCCGGUCAUAACUGCAAGGGUCGUCAUCGUCGACACUGACAAGCCCAGCAUCAUCUACACGGAUGACGAUGUGGUGCAGGUUGAUGAGGUCUCAAAGGACAAAGAAGUUCACAUGACCGUCAGGCGUCGCGACGGCUGCGGAGUCGUGUCAUGUAAGUAUGCGACAGAGGAUGGCAGCGCUGUGGAAGGUCGUGACUAUGCCCGAGCCGAGGGUGUGAUCACCUUUGGGCAGCAGGAGUUUAGCGCGGAGAUUGCCAUCUCCAUCCUGAACUCGGCCACCUUUGAGGACAAAGAGGACUUCCGGCUCAUAUUGUCGGAUGCAACUGGACGCGCAGGCUUCGAUCCUAAUACGGAUGGGGGAGCCGACAGCUGCAUCGUCACCUUCGUUCUCACACCUGAGGAGGUGUCCAAGAACCUCGCCCACAGAACUAUGCGGGCUUUGGGAGUGAAUUGGCAAAAGACGCAGAAGGGUCACGAGAACUGGAAGGAUCAGUUCAUCAAUGCCCUGCUGGUCAACGGCGGUGACGAUGAGGCCGGUCCCCCCUCUGGCUUUCAGUGGGCGUUGCACCUUCUGACGAUGCCGUGGAAACUGCUCUUUGCCAUUAUUCCGCCGGUCGACUACUGUGGUGGCUGGUUGUGCUUCUACUUCUCGCUGAUGUUCAUUGGGUUGGUGACAGCGCUCAUCAGCGAUCUAGCUGGUCUUGUGGGCUGUGUUCUGGACCUGCCGGACUUCAUUACGGCAAUUACAUUGGUUGCUUUAGGCACCUCCUUGCCGGACACGUUUGCAUCCAAAGCCGCCGCAGAGCAGGAUCCUUAUGCCGAUGCCUCGAUCGGCAACGUGACCGGCAGUAACUCGGUCAAUGUGUUUCUUGGACUCGGCCUCCCUUGGACGAUUGGCUCCUGCUACUGGGCCUCGGUGGGUCGCAGUGCGGAGUGGCAGAAGAAGUACGAGUCCGAGGCCAACUUCGACCUCUGGAACACGGGCGGUGGGAAAUUCAUCGUUAUAGGUGGAGAUUUGGGCUACAGCGUGGUGAUCUUCAGUGUCGGGGCGUUCUUUUGCAUGUUCAUCUUGUUCCUGCGACGGAAGGCUUUUGGUGGGGAGCUUGGUGGCCCAAGAGUCUUCAAACGCAUCACAAGCGUGAUGUUGGUGAUGGUUUGGUGCGUGUACGUUGUGUUAUCCUCCGUCAAGUCACUGGAAUCCGCUGCAGCUUCAACUUGCGGAUGA